AUGGGCUUCAAAACUAUCAUCGAAGGCCAGCGUGCCAUCAUCACCAACGUGCAAGGUCGCUCCACGAUCGUCGAGGGCCCCACUCGGGUCUUCCUCUUCCGCAAGCAGUUCCGCCUGCUCAACCGCUACAUUGCGGAUCAGUCGCACUACCUUGUCAUUCGCUACCACGACGGUAAUGUCAAGCACACUCAGGGCCCAACCUCCGAGUUUGGCAACCCAAUUGAGCACGAAUCAAUUCAAGUCAUGCCAGUCAUUUCGUUGGACGCCAACGAAUGCCUCGUCGUGUACAAGCAGAACGAUACCAACAAGGUGCUUCGUCGGAUUGUGACUGGCCCUCAGCUCUUUGUUCCUGCACCCAGCGAGUGGCUGCACGACUUUGUUUGGCACGGAUCUGCUCCAAACGACAAGGCGCACAAGAUUCCCGGAGCCACCAAAUUCACCAAGCUGCGAACUGUUCCAGACCAGUUCUACUUUAACGUGCGGGAUGUCCGCACUGCCGACGAUGCCCUCAUCACCGUCAAGCUCAUGCUGUUCUUCGAGCUCACCGACAUUGAGACCAUGCUCAACACCACCCACGACCCUGUUGCGGACUUUAUCAACUCGAGCACCGCCGAUGUCAUUGCGUUUGCCUCGCAGCUGACCUAUGAGCAGUUCUUGGAGAACACUGGUAAACGCAUUGGCUACAACAUGACCAAGGUUGAGAGCUACAAGCAACUUGUCACUCGUGCUCAGCGCAUUGGCUACAACAUGACCAAGGUCGUCUAUCGUGGAUACCACGCCAGCGACAACCUCCAGGCAAUGCACGACAGCGCCAUUCAAGCUCGCACACGUCUGCGCCUGGAGGCCGAGACUGAGGCCCAAAAGCAAGAGUUGGCCGAUCUCAAGACCCACCGCGAGCUGGAACGCAACCGAAACAUGCAAAAGAUCGCCCGCGAGGAUGCUGAUCACAAAAUCGCCAUGGAGCGUGAUGUCCAGAAGGCUCGCCUUGAAGCCGCGGCCAAGCAGCACGAGCAAGACCUCCAACAAAAGCUCAAGAACCAGGAGCUCGAGUUGGACAUUAAGGCGCGAAUCUCGACGCUCGACAUUGAGUCUGACCGCAAGAAGCACGAGCUCACUCUUGAGAUGCAGCAGCGCACGAAUCAAGACAAGGCUGCCUUCUUUGAAAAGCUGCUCAAGAUGGAUGUCGACCUCACCAAAUACUUGGUCUCCCAGUAUCAACACCCUGAUCGUAUCAUUCGCGUUGACGGCGUUCCUUCCGGCAACGUUCAUGUCCAUGAAAAUUAA